CUUCCUGGUUGAUUUGUUGACCUGAUAUAUUAUCAAGAAGAAUACCGACAAUCUAGUUCAUGUUUAAAUAUUAAGUUGAGUGGUUGGUGAUGUCAGAUAGUAGGCUGAUAAAGGAAAGGUUGUUUUUUGUGGAUGUCAUCAUUAUCUAGGAUUGGACAUAAAGAUGUGUACAUUUAAUUGUCUCAAAAUAUUUAUGUGAUUUUUCGAAGAUAGAUGCUCUAUAGAACGCCAGUGUAAAAAAUUAUAUAGUUCAGAGGACAAAAAUAAAUAUUAACAUAUCAGAGUGUAUACAUGAUCAAAAUGUAGUCAGUAAGUGUUCUGUGUUGAGUACAAAUAAAUAAUUUUCAACAAAUGCAGAGAAGCAAUUCAGAUAAUAAGAGACACUGAAGCAUACAAGUGAAAACUUGUUGCAGCUAAGAGGUUUCCAAAUUCGUUUAAAAGACAUUUCUCUGCCUUGAAAAACAGACUUUUAAAAAUGGCCAACAAAGCCAAAACACUGAAAGACAUACUGUUGCUGUACAGUGCAAAUGAUGCUGGCGAUUGGACAGAGUAUAUUCAAAAUGAGAUUAAGACCUCUAGUCCUCAGAUACAAGGAGUGGAUAUUAAGGACCUAGCUACAAGUAUGGCACAAAUCCACAUCCUGUGUGCCCAAUAUUCUGUUGUUAGUUUGGUGAUUUCAGAGGAAAUGUUGAAAACACUUGUUUCUGUGGCAACAGAACUCUCGUCCACACUCCAUAAACACAGUUAUGUGGCCCUGAUCAAGUUGUACAUCGAGGAUUGUGAAAAAGAACUUACCAACAAUGUUCUGCCCAAAUAUUUGAGUGCAAAGACUUGGAAAACGUUCACAAUUAGUGAUCCGGAUGCUCAAAGAAAGCUUCAAACGACAGUGUCCAGUCUUAUGAACAUGGUGCAGGAUUCACAGAUGGCCUCACAGCAACCCCCACCACGUGACAUGUCACCGAAGCCAUCCCCCGGCUCAACAGCCAAGCCUAAACAUUCUACACAAAUAACUGUAUCUCCCGACAGUAUAAGACAGGGUGGUGAAACAGUGUUGGUUGUUUGGUAUCGAGCCAUUCCUGAAAGUUAUUUGGUUCAAGUGGCUAUUGGCGAAAAUGAAGAUGCCAAAAAAAUUGAAACCAAGAGGAUAAAUGAGUACACAUUUUCCUUCACAGCCCCAUCACACAAAGCUGGGAAGACGCACAUGUACGUAUUUAUUGAUGGCAAAAAGGCUCUCAAAAGAAUGAUCAAAUACUCUGCAAUGUGUGAGUUUGCCUACACAUUCCCGGAGUUCCUCUGUCAGCUGAUAGGUCUAGAUGCGGCCGAUAACACGGGACUUGACAAUUACCUCACCACAGUGUUUCAGUCCAGCACACCUGAGGACGGGUCGAUGGCCAACAUGUUGACUCCUAGAAACAUCAUCCUGUCUGCUGGCUCCAAGAAGAGUGACUGUGAGUUGCCGACAUUACUUCACUUUGCCUGCAAAUACAGCCUCAACUCCCUCGCCUCGAGUAUCAUCGACACGCCUGGUGCACACGAGGCUCUAGAGAUCCUCAACUGCCGCGACAUGACGCCGUAUGAUAUUGCGAAGGAAAUGAACAAUGAAGACCUGAUAGGCUACAUUGAUGUUUUCUUGGAAAUGGUUGACUACAACACACAAAUUGAAGACCUGUACACACGGAUGAAGAAUGGACAGCUAGCAGAUUACACUAACACACCCAACAAAGAGACUGGAGAUGGGUACCUCAAAAUGAGUGGUAGCCCUGGAUCAUACGUAUAUAAGGGGCGUGUUCCAGAAGAUGAUUAUGAGAGAACAGACAAGACCUCACGCCAAGUUGUGGAAGUUGACGAGGAUGAAGACAUUCAUGAACCUACAGAGCCGGCACCUCCUGUGCCAAGAAGAAAACCAAGCCAGCUCCGUACCCCAGAGCCCUCCCCACCCGUCGUGACUAGAAUCCCCAGCAGUUACCCUGGCAACCGUGUAGAGAGGCAGCCAGCCCAGCCCCAGCCCAUACGUCCCCCGAAUCUUGGGGAACAAUACAACCCAAAAGCCAUGUGCAUGAUGCCGGAUGAUGACCCCAUGGGAGGAAGUCGUGACUUGCUGUCGCCUGGAUCGAUGGGGUCAUCAGCGCUAAAUGAGAUUGAUGAGAUCAUUGAAAGCUACAAACUCGGUGACAUAGGCAUGGACGACGUGGACAAACUAUACCGCGCAUGGCAGGAACGCAACAGGGAUUCCUCAAAAUCCAUCAAGGAGAAAAAGCAACAUCUGGAGGGACUGCGAUCGCUUUAUACAGACGUAGGCAGCAAAAACAAAGGACGCCUGUUUUCGAGACUUACAAAAAAAAAGACGGAGAAGAAGCAAGUUGAAAUUGAGCAUCACGUGAAUACUGGGGCGCGGUCAAACAGCUACUGCACCUGGGACAUCAUGAAGAAGCCGAGCGGGCCGCACCAGUCCAGUAACAGGGACAGCACUGCCAGCAACACCUCAACCUCAAGUUCUUCGAGCGCAAGUUCUCAAGACAGUGCCCUAGAGAUGAUUGAAGAGGAUGAUCCUGUUGUGCGUAGACCUCGCAACGCAAACAUAGACACAGAGGGAUACAGUUCUAACAAGAGCAAAUACUGGACUUUGCCUGCCCCCAGGGGCGGGAGUGGGAACUUUGAUCGGACAAAGCGUCAGUCUUGGGGACAGCAAUAUCUGGCCAUCAAGCAGCAGCCUGGUAAGACUGCCACAUUGCCCAAGCCCCCUCCACGCAACCCUACGGUCAACCAGCUGGUACAGAACUCUAGACCUCCAGCCAGGAAGGAGAGCCCGCCGCCCGUGCCUCGGAGGUGGUGAUGAAAACUUAGUGCAUUGAAGUGUACCGGUAAAGUGACUCUCUUGCUGUGUACAUGACAAGGCCACUUUUGAAGUUGUGCAGUGCAGUGUAAAGUGACUAGGACACUUUUGAAGCAAGUGCAUUGCAGUGUUAAGUGACAACAACUCUUUUUAGGCCAGUGCAUUGUAGUUUAGUGACAAGGACACUUUUAAAGUCAGUGCAUUUCAGUGUAAAGUGACGAAGACACUUUUGAAGCCAGUGCAUUGCAGUGCAAAGUGACAAGGACACUUUUGAAGCAUGUGCACUGCAGUGUAAAGUGACAAGAACACUUUACGGUCAGUGCAUUUCAGUUUAAAGUGACCAUGACACUUUUGAAGCAAGUUCAUUGCAGUAUUAAGUAACAAAAACACUUUUGAAGUCAGUGCAUUUAAGUAUUAAGUGACAAGGACACUUUUGAUGUGUUAAAUUACAAGAGCACUUUUAAAGUCAGUAAAUUGCAGUGUAAAAUGUAACAUCAGUUGUUUUUUUAAGCCAGUGCAUAGGAGUGUUAAGUUAUCAUGACACUGUUGAAGUCAGUGUAUUGAAGUGUUAAGUGACUGGGCCCUUUUGCUGUUUAAAGUGAAUUGCAUUGUUAAGUGACUUCUUUUAAAAUGGAUAAAAAUCAAAGUUACAACAGGUUUUAAGUCAGGGAAUGACAGUGUUAUGUAUGACAAGAAGUAAUUACAUUUGGGUGUUCAGCAUGUGGAGUCAGUGACUUGCACUAUGCAGUUCAAAAUACCCAAAGAUUUCAUGAAGUCGGGCCUCAGUGUGAUUUAAAUCAAGGCAUGACACUAUCCUUAAAUUGUUGCUGUUAGAAUCUGAAGCUGACCUGCAUCUGGUUUAGUAAACAGACACUUAGAAACAAUCAUUGUGGCCAUUCUUCAACCAAUGCAAAGCUUCUAAACAGGUUCUUAUACUUUCAGCAUUUUAAGUAUCGUAUGUUACAUUCAACUUUAUUACAUAAGCUGCUUAGAUAUCUUGUGCAUUGUGACUAAGGAAUUUAAGCUUCAGACUAAGGAAUGAAUGCAGUGUAAGGUGAACCAUUUCUGUAAAGCUGUAAUUUCAACCUAUAGAUGUCAAUGUGUUUGAAAUGACAUAAACUGUCACUGGCUUUGAAAGACAGGGCAUACGUCUGCAAGGGCCUCUUUUGAGUAUUUUUAUUGUGGUUGCAUUGCCAUGAUUAUUUUAUGUCUUGAUGACUGUGAUAAACCCAUAGCAUUAUUGGUUCAUGAAAUAACUGGUAUGUAUGUUACAUUUGUACUUGUAUGCUACAGCUCACAAAACCAUGUUACUUUCAUGUUCAUAUUAUUAAUUCGUUCAUAGAGGUAAACAAUUUCAUAUGGCAGGUCUGAACAAUGACUUUAUAUUUCAUUACCUUAAAUUUCAUUUGUACACUCAUGCUAAGAUUGAACAAAGACUAUAAUUUUUAUUUCAUGCAUUAAUUAUUUCAUAUAUAAAGUCUAACACACUUAAGUUUACAUAAGCUGCGUUUCUUUGAAAAUGAGGCUUAAUGCCUGUGCUUUAAGUGUCGUCCCAGAAUAACCUGUGGAGUUGGUACAGGCUAAUCAGGGAUAACACUUCCCUUCUAAACUGUGGG